AUGCCAUUUGUUAAAAGAUUACAAGUUUAUCAUUUUAAAUUUUACUAUGCAGUAAAGAAGCUCCAAGAAGAAAAGAAUGAAUUAGGUCAACAGUAUGCAGCAAAAAUAGAUGUAUUGGAAGAAGUACAGAAAGAGGAGAGAGAUACUCUGACACUUAAACUAUCACAACUAGAGAUUGGUUUGAGGGAAAUUGAGACACAAUGGAAAGAGAAGUAUCGUGAAGACAUUGAAUUAGAGCAGCAAGAACUGUACGAUGAGAAUCAAAUGCUUAAACUAUCAGUAGCAGAGAAAGAAACAGAAUUAUUACAGUCACAAGAUGCUCUACUUGAGUUAAGGCAGUGUUUGGCUCACAUGUUGAUCGAUCUGAAGCCAUCAAGUGAAACUGAAUGGUUUAUGAUAUCACAGAAAGAUGUAUCCACAAUUCAAGCAAUAGUCAAUACAGGACAAAUGAUAAAGAUGAAGAAGAAAAGGAUGCACAUUCCCUGACUCCAGAUCAAGCCUCAUUAUCAUCAGGAGAUUGUACUAAUACACAAUCAUGUAGUGGCUGGACUACUAGUACUGAGGUUGGAUUCAGACGUGAUCUGGCAGCAUUAGAUGCUGAUAUUGCAAGACUUCAGAUACAAUUCAAUGUGGCACAAGAUUUAUAUCACUAACUGAUUAAAAUAUGUGCAUAAACAGCUAUUAUGUGAAC